AUGGCUUCUCAUGAAGGGAACGUGGCUGCUUUGGAGGUGGAUAGCAAUAACCACGAUAACGUCGAGAGUUUGACCAAUAUCGCAGCAGCGCCGACUACCACAACGACGACGGCAGUACUUGAGACUACUACUGAGACCAUUCCUGCUCCGUCAUCCUCUACAGAAGCCGUCGCCGAGACGUCGACGACACCCCCGAAAGAUGCUCCUGUAGAGCCCACCACGGAUUCAGAGACUUCCAAGGAAAAGAAGGAUACAGAAGAACCUUUAACCUCUCAAAAUGCCACCGCUACCGCUGCUCCUCCCGCCGAAUCAACUACAGAAGACAUCCCUGCAGCUACAAUUAUAGCCAUCCCAUCCACAACAACUCAACCAAUUCCCGGCCCCAAAACUGAGGAAAGCCCCGAACAAGUCACAGCCAACACAACCGAAGAAGGCUCUUCAUCCGACCAGACACAAACACAAUCCGCAAAGGAGACGGCCGAAGAAACCGGGCCCGAGCUCGUGAUUACCUUGCUACUCACAACCGGGGCAAGACAUCCGUUCAAGAUUGAUAAGAAGUAUUUGAACAGGCGAAGCGUCAAGGUUGAGAAUGAUGAUCCGUUUAAUAUGAGUGUGUACACGCUGAAGGAGUUGAUAUGGAGGGAAUGGCGGUCUGAAUGGGAACCGCAACCAUCGUCACCAAGUUCGAUUCGACUGAUUUCGUUUGGAAAGUUGUUGGAUGAUAAAGCUCCUCUUUCCGAGUCAAGCCUCACCCACGACGCACCGAAUGUAAUCCACAUGACCGUCAAGCCUCAAGAAGUCGUGGACGAAGAAGAUGCCAAAGGCGGCAAAUCAUAUUCCACGCGAGACCGAGAGACGACCGAUCGCAGUCCUGGUUGUCGAUGCGUUAUUCUAUAA